AGUCUCUCCGGUUGAACCGGAUCGUUCAGUUCCUUUUCUUCUUCCUCAGAAUCUGUUUGGGAUUUUUCUGGAUGAAUCUCUCCAUCUUCUGUCAGUGAUGCAGUCCAACACCACCUCCUCCUCCUCCUCUCCUCCUCUCCCGGUCUCUCUCGGUUCCCUGGAGGACGGCUUAUUCCUGUUGAACGGCUCCAGUAACGGCUCCGUGCCCGGCGGCGGAGCUCCGUCCGCGGGCAGCGCGGCUCUCAUCUCCUCCAUCUACUCGGUGGUGUGUCUGGUGGGUCUGAGCGGGAACUCCAUGGUCAUCUACGUCAUCUUCCGGUACGCUAAGAUGAAGACGGCGACCAACCUGUACCUGCUGAACCUGGCGGUGGCGGACGAGCUGCUGAUGCUCAGCGUCCCGUUCGUGGUCACGGCCGCGCUGCUGCGCCGGUGGCCGUUCGGCGCGGCGCUCUGUCGCCUCGUGCUCAGCGUGGACGCCAUCAACAUGUUCACGAGCAUCUACUGCCUGACGGUGCUGAGCGUGGACCGGUAUAUCGCCGUGGUGCACCCGCUGCGGGCGUCCCGGUACCGGCGGCCCACUGUGGCCAAGCUGGUGAACGUGUGCGUGUGGCUGUUCUCUCUGCUGGUCAUCCUUCCCAUUAUCCUCUUCUCCUCCACUGCCCCCAACUCGGACGGGUCGGUGGCCUGCAACAUGCAGAUGCCGGAGCCGGAGCAGCGCUGGAUGGCGGUGUUUGCGGUCUACGCCUUCCUGAUGGGCUUCUUGUUCCCGGUCCUGGCCAUCUGCCUGUGCUACAUCCUGAUCCUGAGCCAGCUGCGGGUGGUGGCGCUGAGGGCCGGGUGGCAGCAGCGCCGCAAGUCUGAGAGGAAGAUCACGGUGAUGGUGACAGUGGUGGUGUCAGUGUUCGUGGUGUGCUGGAUGCCCUUCCACAUCGUGCAGCUGGUGGGGGUCUUCUUGCAGCGUCACGACCCCACCCUGAGCCAGCUCGCCGUCGUCCUUGGGUAUGCCAACAGCUGCGCCAACCCGCUGCUCUAUGGCUUCCUGUCUGACAACUUCCGACGCUCCUUCCAGAGGAUCCUGUGUCUGCGCUGGAUGGAGGCCCCCGAGGAGCCCCUGGACUACAUGGACUACUACAGCACAGCCCUGAAGAGCCGCAGACUCAGCCUAGACCAGGACCGGGAGCAGGACUCAGAAAACGGGACCCAUCCCCUCCAAACACCAGCUCCAGGAUGUGGUCUGAACCCUGCUGACCCCUCCAAGAUUUAAAGGACCAGACUGCUCAGGGUCUAGGUUCCGAGUCUGAGUCCAGGUCUGCACGAGUCUACGUGGACAGUCUACAGGACAGAGGGGUUCAGAUUAGUUUGUUCAGUCCAGGUCCUGGAUUCAAAGGAUCAGAUUGUGUUUUUGUGCUGAAGUUUUACUCUUUGUGUCCAGAGUACUGAUCCACAACGGUCCACAAUGGUCCACAACGGUCCACGAGGUCGUCCACAGCUCAGACCAAACACAGUCAGAGUCAGAGGUCAAUAACGCUUUAUUGAUCGUAUUGAUCUCAUGGUGUUUGUCUCUGAUCACUGAGAUCAGCUGUUGUUGGACUACAGGUCAGAAAUCCUUCAGUUUAAAGCGGCAGCUACUGAAUGAAUCAACAUUAACAUUAAUGAAGCCUAAUGAAUGUUGACAACCUGUAGCUCCAACCUGAACAUGAGCUGAGCAGCAGGAGCUCUGAAAUAUUGAUUAUUGAUUGAUGUGAAUUGUUGGGUCACACCUGGAACAAACUGACUUUUACACCUGAGUGUUCACAAACAACUUGAUCCUGGAGCUCCUGGUCCAGAACUCUGAUGUUAACUCCAGAUAUUGACUGAGCUGUGAUCAGCUGAUGGUUUCUCUGUUGAACAGAAACAGAUGUUACAGAGUGAUGAGUCUUCACUCAGAGUCCAGGCAGACGUUCGUCAACAUGAAUCACUAAACUCUGACUUGAAAUCAGUUUGAUGUUCACUGCAUUGUCAGUUUAUUAGGAACAGCAGCUGAAUCUGAGUCUGGUCCUCCUCUGUGUUCUCAUGUUUAGUUUGUGUUCAACCUGUUUCACAGGUGUUGAUUCAUUUGUGCGAUGGAGGACUUUGUCUGUGCUGCUGAGACCUGUUUCUGUUGUUUGGCCUACAGUCACUGAUGUGUUUGGACACAAUAAUAGAAACACCUCCGUCACAUGAAGGGGGAUUUACAUUGGACCAGACUCAGUUUCAGCUGCUGUUCCUAAUAAACUGAGACCAGGUGUCCUGAUCAAACAGAUGGAGGUGAGGAAAGUUUCCUCCUCCUCUCCCUCAGGACUGUACAGUAUGAAAUAUAAUCCACAGAUGGUUUCAGCUGCAGAGGAGGAGAGGAGGUCUCUGAUGGUGAUUGAUGAAGAACCUUAAACGUCCCUCUGACCUUCACUGGACUUCAGGGACUUUCAGACAUUUCUCAACAUGUUACUCUUUGUCUACAGAGCUCUGCAGUGAUGAUGUGUUUCUGUACUCCAGCCCUGAGGUCAGCACCAGCCUGGUUCACUCCACAAAAAGCCAAAGGGAUUUUUUCAUUGUGUUUUGGAUUAUUCCAGAAAAUAAACUGUGAGCAGCUAAAGUUUCUGAUCCUUCAGGUUUAGUUGAUCAGAUCAUCUUCUCAGAUGAACACCACUGUUCUGAUGUUUGAAGUAAGAAGCUAAUGUUAGGCUAUAAACCAACUACACCACGGUCACAUGACGUCAACGUCUCCACCACUAAGCUUCCAACUGGUCAUUUCAUUUAGCUCUGAGCUCUUCUACAAAAGCCUUUCUUCUUAGAAAGUUAGUGAGAGUUUGAAAGAGCGUGAGUAGAAACACAACGAGGCUGUAAAGGUGGACUGGUGAGUAGAUGGGUUUUCAUGUUAAUGUCUGGUGCUAGUUGAUGUCGCAGUGGAGCUCAGAUCCCUCUCGACACUGAUGAUGAUGAUCUAUAAUCUGCACUGAUGGACUGAAUCAGUGAAUCUGAUCAAUAAUGUUGAUGAUAAAAGCUUUUCUCUGAUGAAAUCUGAGGAUUUAUCUUCCAUCUCAUCACUGAGUCAUUCUCUGAUCUGCAGUCAGCUGAGUGAAGGUCACCUCCUGUUUAACAGUUGCUGAUGAAAUAAAAACAUACAGGUGAGAUUUUCCUGCAGCUCAUAGGUGUCGAUGAAGGACUGAUGAGGGACACAAUGAAAAUAUCUCAAAUUAAAUUGGUGUGUAAACCUUGUGACAGUGUUCACAUCACUGCCUCUCACUGUUGCAUCUUUGCACACAAAGAUAUUUUAAAAAAAAUAAUUUUAAAAAGGCAGCAGAAACUAAAGUUAGAGAUGUUUUCUGAGUCAGCGUCAGGUCUUCAACAGAGAAACAGGAAAUCGUUUAAAGGAAAACCCUGGUUUCUGUGUUUCUUUAAAGUUUCUGUUUGGAAAAAUCUGAAGCACUUUACAUUUUCUAUCUUUUUAAUCACCAAUUUGUGAAAAGAUUGUAAUGUGACAUUCCCUGACUUUCUCUGCUGCCUGUAGACUAAUUUCUAUGUAAAAGACUCAGGUCAUGUUUUCAAGAUGCUUGCUCCUGAGUGUCCCGCCAUAAUAAAAGUCUCUUUACAGCA